ACAUGAGUUUGGGGUUUAUUGCAUUUGGGCGCAGGUUUAUUCUACAUUUGAAUCUUGUGUUUGAACUGAUCUUGAAUCUGAUCUUCGAUCAGUAAUGGAUUCAAGCCACUCUUUCAAUUCAUCAAGAAGAAUUUGUGAGUAUGGUGAAUGGUUGGAGGUACCUACCUGUAGGUGCGGGAAAGACAUGACUAUUCUUACAUCUUGGACUGAUAAGAAUCCCAGAAGAAGAAUGUGGAAGUGUGAUGGAAAUGGUACUCGGAAAUGUCGUUCUUGGGAAUGGCUCGAUCCUCCAAUAUGUGAACGAGCUAAGAAGCUCAUUCCCGGACUUCUAAAGAAGAGCAGUGCAAAAGAUGAAGAGAUAAAGCUUCUAAACAAGCGUAACAAAGAGAAGAAAAUUGGAGCCUUUAUGUUUGGGUUUUGUGCUGCAUUGGUCCUCAACAUGGCAAUAUUUGUAUUGUUUAUAGCAGAAUCAGCCAAACAAAUGCAUUGCCACCUGGGCUUCUCUGCUGUUCAAAAUAAAAUCUGGGUUCUUUGGAAUGAGGAGAAUAUGAGACUAACUCAGGUGCAGGAAGAAGACCAGGCAAUCAGUUGUCGUUUCAUUGACAUAAGCACCAAUAAGGCUAUAACCAUAACUACUGUCUAUGGUCAGCACACUAGGGAAGGAAGGAAAUUACUUUGGGAGACUCUUGCGUUCCAUAUGCCACUAGAUGAAUGUUGGUUGGUGGGUGGUGACUUCAAUGCAAUUGCCUCUCCCUUGGAACAUAAGGGCUCUUCUAGCCCUUGUGCCUCUAGUAUGGCAGACAUGGAUGAUUGCAUUCAAGCUUGUGAGCUUAGUGAACCUCAAGUUAAAGGUAGCUUAUUUACUUGGAUGGGUAAGAGGUCAACCGGGACAGUGCAUAGGAAACUUGACAGAAUCCUGUUAAAUGUCAACUUCCGGAAUCUCUUUGAUGACAUUACCACCACUAUCUUGAGUAGGGCUACCAGUGAUCACAAACCUCUGAUUUUGGAAUGUAAAAAUUCUAUUUUCUUGGGUCCUAAACCGUUUAGAUACCUUAACUUCUGGGGCUAUCACAAGGAUUUCCAUGAUGUCGUCUCAAAAGCUUGGGGUUCUUUUGGUUGGGAAGCAGGAGGGGGCAUGAGAGGAUUGGCCAGCAAACUUCACAACCUCAAGCCCAUUCUUAGAGACUGGAGUUACGUUACGUUUGGUGACAUUUUUAAGAAUUUAGAUGAAGCUGAACAACAGGCAGAGGAAGCGGUGAGAAAAUUUGAAAUUGAUAGCAGCGAGGAGAACAGAAUAGCUAUGAGUUUGGCUAAUGCCAGACUCAUUCUAACCAGUAAAAAAGAGUCUCAAUUCUGGUUUCAGAAAGCUAAUGUCAAAUGGCUCAAGGAAGGAGAUACAUCUACCAAAUACUUUCACUCCCUUGUCAAAGGUCGUCAAAAGAAGAACUUGAUUAGCAAGAUCAAGAAGGAGGAUGGAACCUACACUUCUCAUACUGAGGAAAUUGGGAACACAUUUUUGAGUCACUUUCAGAAUAUCUUAGGAAUGGAAUGCAACUCCAUUCCCGAGAGCACUUUAGUGAACAUCCCCACCCUUAUCACUGCUGAAGAUAAUUCUUUGUUGGUUGAACUCCCGGAAGAAGAGGAAAUCUGGGAGGCUGUUUGGGCUCUGAAUCCAAAUAGCAGUGCAGGUCCCGAUGGAUACAAUGGGCAAUUCUUCAGGCAAGCAUGGCAUAUCAUUCGGGCGGAUGUUAUUAAGGCUUGCCAAGAGUUUUUUCUUGGAAUUCCUGUCCCAAAAGCUUUUGGAAGUACUCAAAUAAUUCUCAUUCCCAAGAAAGAGGGUGCUGCUGCCAUUGGCGACUAUAGACCCAUUUCACUAUCUACCUUUAUGAGCAAGAUAAUUACCAAAAUUUUAGCAAAUAGACUCUCACGUCUUCUUCCCAAAAUUAUCUCCUCUGAACAAGCUGGAUUUCAAAACGGAAAAGGUGUGGAGGAACAGAUACUCCUUACUAAUGAGCUUGUUCAUAGCAUUGAGAACAGCAGUAGGGGAGGAAAUGUUAUUGUCAAGCUGGAUAUGGAAAAGGCUUUUGAUAAAUUAUCUUGGAAUUAUCUUCGGGCUGUUCUGGGGAGAUUCGGUUUUGAUAUCUCGGCAGUGAAUCUUCUUAUGAGCAAUCUGGUAGGUACCUUCAUGAGUGUUAAGGGAGAUUUCACAGCUAAGGCCAUUGACUCUCCUAUCUGGAAGCGGAUUUGCAGAAUUCACUCAAUUGCCCUUGAAAAUACCUUUUGUAAUGAUGGCCAGUUUUUUUGGGAAGAUGGAGAAUUUACCUUCAAGAAGGCAUUCAAGGCAGUGAAAGCGGAGGAACCAGAUUUCCUUUUGAAGUUUCCCCAGGCUGCUAUCUUUGUGGAAGAGGUGAUAAUAGUGAUAGCCAUGUCCUUUUACACUGUACAAUCUCUAAAGAGUCAUGAUAAAAAAACUCUCAAUGGCAUGUUGAAGCUGGUACUUCCGGGCUGGAUUUUAUGGAAUCUAUGGAAGAGGCAUAAUAAAAUUAAACAUGAUGGGAGGAAGGUGGAAGCAAAAAUGGUGAUUAUGGAUGUCUCUAACCUCAUGCAAUCAUGGAUUUGGAGCAAUAAGAAGGUUAGGAGAACGAUCAAACGAGCUGAAGCUGAGGAUAUUGGCCUGAAAUGGAUGCUUAUUCCUUAAAUUUUGUACCUUUCUUCUUUUUGUGAUUGUAUUUUGGGUUUUUUGGGCUGUAGGCUCUCUUUAACCUUGUAAUCCUUUCUUCUAUUAAUCUACUUGGUAAGGGUUUCCUGG